GCCCCGGCGGGCGGAGCAGCGCACCAUGCCGCAGCUGGACGCCGGCGGAGGCAGCGCGGGUGGCGGCGGCGGCGGCGGCGGCGACGACCUCGGCGCGCCCGACGAGCUGCUGGCCUUCCAGGAUGAGGGCGAGGAGCCGGACGACAAGAGCCGGGACAGCGCCGCGGGCCCCGAGCGAGACCUGGCCGAGCUCAAGUCGUCGCUCGUGAACGAGUCCGAGGGCGCGGGGGUCCCGGGAGCCGACGCCGGGGCCCGCGGCGAGGCGGAGGCCGGGGCCGAGGCCCUCGGGCGGGAACACGCUGCGCAGAGACUUUUCCCGGACAAACUUGGGGAGUCUCUGGAGGACGGCCUGAAGGCCCCGGAGUGCUCCAGCGGCAUGUACAAAGAGACCGUCUACUCCGCCUUCAAUCUGCUCAUGCACUACCCACCCCACUCGGGAGCCGGGCAGCCCCCCCAGCCGCAGCCCCCGCUGCACAAAGCCAGUCAGCCCCAUCACGGGGUCCCCCAACUCUCUCCUCUCUACGAGCAUUUCAGCAGUCCACACCCCACCCCUGCACCUGCAGACAUCAGCCAGAAGCAAGUUCACAGGCCGCUGCAGACCCCUGACCUCUCUGGAUUCUACUCUCUGACCUCAGGCAGCAUGGGACAGCUCCCCCACACUGUGAGCUGGCCCAGCCCUCCUCUCUACCCCCUGUCCCCUUCCUGCGGAUAUAGACAGCACUUCCCUGCCCCUCCCGCAGCCCCUGGCGCCCCCUACCCCAGGUUCACUCACCCGUCCCUGAUGCUGGGUUCCGGGGUUCCGGGUCACCCAGCAGCCAUCCCACACCCAGCCAUUGUGCCGCCCUCAGGGAAGCAGGAGCUGCAGCCCUACGACCGAACUCUGAAAACACAGGGGGAGUCCAAGGCAGAGAAGGAGGCUAAGAAACCUACCAUCAAGAAGCCCUUGAAUGCCUUCAUGCUCUACAUGAAGGAGAUGCGAGCCAAGGUCAUUGCAGAGUGCACACUCAAGGAGAGCGCCGCCAUCAACCAGAUCCUGGGCCGCAGGUGGCAUGCACUGUCUCGAGAAGAGCAAGCUAAGUAUUAUGAGCUGGCCCGCAAGGAAAGGCAGCUUCACAUGCAGCUAUACCCAGGCUGGUCGGCACGGGACAACUACGGAAAGAAGAAGAGGCGGUCAAGAGAAAAGCAUCAAGACUCCACUGCAGACCCUGGCUCGCCUAAGAAAUGUCGUGCUCGCUUUGGCCUCAACCAGCAGAUGGAUUGGUGUGGUCCCUGCAGGUGGGUUUGUCCCCACCAUCAUUCUCCCUUUGCUUCAAGCUGCUCCCCCAACUGCCUAUGCUCUGCUGGGCCUGUAGCUCCCUCCUUUGUCCCCUCAGGCCCCACCCCUAGCCUGCCCAGGAGACAAGGGACUAAUCCACACCUCUUAAAGAGUAGAAUACAACAUAGCUUGUAGAGAUCACAUGGGUCUUAGGAGUGAAGGGACAGAAACAGAAGGCAGGCAGGUGCCACCCAGGUAUAUAGAAAGUCCUCAAAGACAAUCACACGCCACUCAGGCGGAAUGGGACCCCGUCCUCAGAUGUCAAAGGUGGGAUCCCUGAUGAUAGAGAAUGCUAAGAAAAAGCAAUAAACACUACAGGACUGUCCAGUCAUGUGACUUGGUAACUUUAGACC